UAAUGGAUACAUCAAAGCAAUUAAAAACAAAUGUCUGCACCAAUGUGCAUUUGGGAGUGUAUACUAUGCAUGCCAAUGUGUAACCGACAUCUUGGAUAACUGAAAAGAGCUGCAUCAUGUUGGAGUGGGGUGGGACUUGAAUUAUGCUGCAAAUGUUACAUAAGGCUUGCAAAAAUGAAAGUGAAAUUAAAACGGAUACAUAUAUAACGGUUCUGGUGUGGGUCUGAUUUUAGUAUCUUCUGCUGAGACAAAUCAGAUGUGCUCAAGGAUAGAGUUGAUAUAAAUAUAUUGAAGAGAGAAAAAUGGGAUCAUCAGAUUCUACACCAGUGCCACGGACAUUAUCACCACCACCACCAAAUCCAGAACUGGAUAAACCAUGGAGGAAAUUUAACUGGGGACAGAAAGAAGACCUAAAAAAAAAGCUUGAAAACUUCUGUCCAAGUCAUCCAGAAGUAAACGACAUCAAGAUCCUGGUAGCUGGACCGAUUGGAGCAGGAAAGUCCAGCUUUAUUAACUCACUCGAUAGCACCUUUCUGGGACGGAUCUCCUCUAGAGCACUAGUUAAUUCAACUGCUUCUGAUAAUAGUUUCACUAAAAAUCUCAAAGGAUUCACCAUCAGAAGUGGGAAAAAAACAUUGCCCUUCGUCUUCAAAGACAUCAUGGGAUUGGAACCUGCAGCAUUUGAAGGGUCGCAUACAGAAGAUAUCAUCAAUGCUGUGUUUGGUCACUUGAAGGACGGCUAUAAAUUCAACGAAGAGGAGCCACUCAAUUUUAAGGAUCAGCAAUUCAACCAAAACCCCAACCUCUCCGACCAGUGUUUCUGCCUGGUUUACGUCCUACCUGCGGAUGUAUUCCAAUACACAGAUGAUCGUCUUAUUGAAAAGCUGAAGAUCAUCCGCAAGAGAAUCAGUGAUAAGGGGAUUCCUCAAGUGGUUGUCAUGACUAAAAUGGACGAAGCAUGUCCACUAGUCAAUAAAGAUCUGAGGAAGAUGUACACUAGCAAGAAAAUCAAGGAGAAGAUGGAGUUGUGCAGUGCUAAAUUAGGUGUGCCACUGACAAACAUAUUCCCUGUGAAGAACUACCACAAUGAGAUCGACACAGAUGAUGACAUUGACGUUCUGUUACUAAAGGCUCUUGAACAGAUUGUUCAGCUUGCUGAUGACAGAUUAGAGAUUUGCUUAACUGAAUAAGAGUAAAUGAUACUGAGUGUGUAAAUUAAUAAUUUACUAAUGUUAAGUGCAAAAAUGAACUUCUAGCUAUCAAAAAGGUUCAAAGUUGAACUUAAAUGUUCUAUAAUGAUCCACUGGUUAUUGUCACAUUCAACUGGAAUAUGUCAUCCAAAUCUCUUUCAGUUUCAAUUUACAGUAAAUGCAGCCUCAUCUUGUAAACUUGCCAUGAACAGCUUCUGUUUAAAGGAAAUGUAAUCUGAUCUUGUGUAUUUGUUGAGCGUUAUGUGUUUCUGAUUCUGCUAAAUGCAGCUUUUGUGGUAUAUAUAUAUAAUAUAUGUCCAACAGCAGAAUAUUACACAAUUAAUUUUAGUAUGAUGUGUUAAUAUUUUUGUUAGUCAGUAUUUUGAUUAAAUUGCAGUUAACAUGUUUGUGUAGUACAAAACCAUUCUAACGUACAGGGAAUGUACAUUCAAAAAACCCAAUCUCAAAUUGCACCAAACCUGUAUUAAUAUCCUAUUUGCUGUGGUGUUUUUUUUUUUUUUGAGAAGCAGGGACUGUACACAACUCAAAUUAGACAUAAAGUUUACUUUAAGUAAACAGACCCAAAGCAAACAGACAAUGAGUGUAUGGACAACUCUAUUUGCUUUGGUUUUAACUUUGUGGUUAUGGGGUAUGGAGUGUAGACUUAAGAGGGAAAAGAUAUAGAGCAUGUUAGCAUGAGGCUUCAACAUAAUGUGUUGCAAAAACAAAACAAAAAAUUGCACCUAAUGGAUACAUCAAAGCAAUUAAAAACAAAUGUCUGCACCAAUGUGCAUUUGGGAGUGUAUACUAUGCAUGCCAAUGUGUAACCGACAUCUUGGAUAACUGAAAAGAGCUGCAUCAUGUUGGAGUGGGGUGGGACUUGAAUUAUGCUGCAAAUGUUACAUAAGGCUUGCAAAAAUGAAAGUGAAAUUAAAACGGAUACAUAUAUAAC